AUGGUGCUGGUCUCCUUCCUCCGGCGGUGCGUUCAGCUCCUCCUCUUGCCCAUCCAUGCGCUCGCCUGCCUGGGCUUGUGGGACUCCUUCUAUAAGAAACUCUUUCCAUACGUCAUGGCCAAGGUGGCGCCCAUCUACAACCACAAGGUCUACAAGCAGAAGCAGGAGCUGUUCGGCAACUUAAGAAAAUUUGCGGGCCCUUCGGGCCAGCUGGUCUUGCUGGAAAUCGGCACGGGCACCGGCACCAAUUUCCAGUUCUACCCGCCGGGCUGCCGGCUGACGUGCACCGACCCUAAUCCCAAUUUCAGAAAGUUCCUCCUCAAGAGCCUCUCGGAGAACCGGCACCUCAAGCUUGAACACUUGGUGGUCGCUUCUGGCGAGGAUCUGCACCAAAUAGCGGACGGCACCGUGGACGUGGUGGUGUGCACCUUGGUGCUGUGCUCUGUGACCAACGUCAAGAAAGUCCUGACGGAGGUUUUGCGAGUGCUCAGGCUGGGUGGAGCUUUCUACUUUUUGGAGCACGUGGCUGCAGAUCACUCCAGUUGGACCUACUUUUGGCAAAAGGUCUGUGACCCAGUCUGGAAGUAUUUUGGAGAUGGGUGUUCCUUGAGCAGAGAGACACAGAAGGAGCUGGAGAAAACUAAUUUCUCAGAACUGAAUUUGAGGUGCAUUCGUGUCACACCUUACUGGAUUCCUACUAGUCCUCAUAUCAUUGGGUAUGCAGUAAAAUAA